AUGCGGCUUGAUCUACAGAAAGAGGGUCCUAAUAAUGGUGAAUCAGAACAGGGAAACAGUUCUGAUGAUGAACAAAUAGUUAUGACUUCGAGAAAGAUGAUGAAAAAGGAAGUGGAGGUGAUGGUGAUCCAUACGGUUCAGCAAGUUAUAAGGCCGAUUGCGGAGGAUAUGAUUCGGAAAGUGGUAAAAGAGGAAAUUCAAUUGGCACAGGAAAAGUUCUUGACUGGCCAGAAUCAGAACUCUUUGGACAAGACUAUUACGUCGAGACCAAGAAAUUUAGAGCUGAAAUUCUUAGACGAAGUGUCUGAUCCAGUUUUGACAGGGAAGGAAAUUAAAGGAAAGGAAAGGACUCACAUUCAAGUUUCUCUAGUUGAUAAUGUAACUGGGCUUCUUGUCGUCUCUGGGCCUGAAGCCUCAGCGAGGGUGGAGAUAUUAGUUCUCGAGGCAGGUCCUAAUGAUAAUGCACUCAAUGGGAGUCUUAAAGACUUCAAUAAUAGCAUCAUUAGAGAAAAUGACAAGACAAAGCCCCAUUUUCCUAAACCUGUCUAUAUUUGUCUCGAGAAAGGCAUUGGUGUGUUGUCUAAUGUCAAGUUAGCACAUGAUUCACACUGGAUGAAGAACUGCAAAUGCAGACUAGGGGCAAGAUUAGUGGAUACAUUUGAUGGAUGUACUGUGAAAGAAGCAUGGACAAAGUCAUUUAUGGUCCAAGAUAGCCGCCGCAAAUUGUAUGAGAAGCACCACCCACCAUCUCUUUCUGAUCCUGUAUGGAGAUUAGACAACAUUGGUAAAGAUGGUGCUCCAUGUAAGCGUCUGGAUAAGGCAAAUAUUUCUACAGUACGGGAAUUUCUGUUUUUACUCUCUGUUGACCCUCAGAGACUCCAAAAGAUACUUGGCACAGGUUCUAAGACAUGGAACACCACUGUAGAUCAUGCUCGUCAAUGCAUCAUUGACGAUAGAAGGAUAUACUUCUACAACUCUUCCACUGAAUACAAAAAUGGUGUAGUUUUUGAUACUGUGGGACAACUGAAAGGGGUACUCCGUAACUACCAAUUUGUUCCCAUUGAAAGUGCAUACGAGGCUGAAAAGGCUGAGGCACAGGAGUUACUAGCAUCUGCUUUUGAAAAUCGGAUGGAUAUAAUCUCUUUCGAUGAUGAAACAUCUUUUUUGCAUCAGUUUCCAUGCAUAUUCAACGACAAUGUCACCAACUCCUCUGGGCUGUACAGUCUAGAUGUUCUAGACUGUAAUUGCAGCAUCAUUGAAAAUAUUGAUCGACAUGAUCCUACACAGCCAGAUACCUCUUCUCUGGGAACCGGUCCAUCUAUCAUUCAUUCAAAUAUUUCCUGUCAUAUUGGCUCACUCAGCUCCGACAAUGUUGAAUAUUCAUGUGAACUGCCUUUAGGGGCUUCUGGCCAGAGCCCAAGUUGCUCAAUGUCAGAUUUUAAUCCUCUGUGGGACAUUUUUGGAGACUCUCUUAUUUCAAGCAAUAACAACCAGCUUCCCGAGAUCCCUAGGGUUGAAUCACAUUCUGAUCAACAAAGUACUGCUGGAAGUAUUGGCUUUGUUGGUGCUGUUAUAACUCUACAAUGGUUGUUUCGUGUAAGAAAAAAGGCUGCGUCUUUAGGUGAUAGUCAGGUUCGGAAAAGGCAGAGACAUGGUUGCUUUUGA